ACGGCCGAUGCACGCCGGCGCCGAUGGGCUGAUAUUUUGGAGAUGUGACCUGAAUUCCUCGCUCUUGCUUGACACCAGCACCAUGACAUUCUCCAUGGUCCCUCUCCCAGUUCCACUGGUAGUCCUCUCGACGCAGCCGCUAAGUCCAGCACCGGUAUACACCAUAGGAGAAACUCAGGAUGGUGCGUGUUGCCUUGUGUUCAUCGUUUACAGAGCCAUCGUGCAACUGUGGCUGCUCAAGAAGAACAGCGACAAUACAAAUGUGUGGGAGCUGGAGAAGCCAAGUCAAAUAGGCGAGGUGGCCGGCUACCGGCGAUUUAGCAUCCAUCUGGUGGUUGCCGGACUAGCUCUUGUUCACUGUGUGGGCGGCAAGCAUUAUUGCUUGGUCAUUGAUCUCAAGAACCUGAGCCUCAAGGACAAAUUUCUUUGUCACCGUUGCGUGGCUUACCCUUACCAAAUGCCAUGGCCACCUGCUGGAUUGCUGGCUACUUCUACAUGUGAGCGAUCCACACCUCAGUCAUAUGCUUGUGGAGGUGCUGAAAAGCAACAGGAAGCACCUUCUUCUAGUAGGAAGCGUAAGAGCAACGAUGAAAUGUCAAGCAGUAAAGAAACGACGGAGCCAUGUAUCUCCAUAGCUUAAUUCGUUGGAGAAUGAAUCAACGGAGAAGAAAUUUUGCUAUGAGACUUGAAAACAGAAGGCGAUCAGACACUUGCACUUCAGUACUGGGUGCUGAGAUAUAGCUGAUUGAGUUGGAGGGAGCUCCAAGUCUGCCGACUCAUCGUAUUGAUGAAGACAAUAAAAAGAUCAGUUGUUACCAAGUAUUCUGUUUCUGUUUGGUGUUUGGAUUUUUGACUUGUUGUAAAGCAAUCAAUGUUGUAAGGUGUGUGGUAGUAUUGAAGAUAAAGAAAGAACAUUGGUGUGUUUUCAGAGUAAUAAGAACGUUAUAAACUGUUCUUUGGGGUCAUGUGUGUC